GCUUUGAUUGCCAAAACUGGGCGCUACUGGCCUGGCGUUUCCUUUCCUUUCCUUUCCUUUCGUUUUCCAUUUCUAUCAGACAACUCCAAAAGACACACAAACUGAAAAAGUGAAAAGUGAAAAUAGCGGAGCACAACCCCCAACCCCUUUCCCUUUCCUUCUCUCCCACUCCAUCCAAAAAAUAAAUUAGGGCUUCAUUGACAGAACACAAUCAAGUAUCAACCAAAGUCGCAGCACACACACUGUCUUCCUCUCCAAAUGCUUGUUCUCUUCCCCCAAAUACCACUAUUUGGGUUUUUAGUCAAGAGAAAGAGAGAAAUACCGAACAGGGAAGGGAGUGACCGCGCCGAGGGAUGAAGAAAUCGGUUGUGGCUCCGUGAACGACAAGCGGCGGCCGCGGUAACCGGAGGUGGCAGAUCCUCUCCUUAGUUCCCUUGGUUUGGAAUUUUAACACAAGAAGUUAGAGCAAGGAUGUCUCUUCGUAUAAAGGCUGUGGUAGAUAAGUUUGUUCAAGAGUUGAAAGAAGCAUUAGAUGCUGAUAUUCAAGAUAGGAUCAUGAAGGAGAGAGAGAUGCAAAGUUAUAUUGAAGAGCGUGAGCGUGAAGUAGCAGAGCGUGAAGCUGCAUGGAAGGCUGAACUUUCUCGUCGUGAGGCAGAGAUUGCGCGUCAAGAGGCAAGGCUGAAGAUGGAAAGAGACAACCUUGAGAAAGAAAAAAGUGUCUUAAUGGGAACUGCCUCAAAUCAAGAUAACCAAGAUGGAGCUCUUGAAAUUACGGUGAGCGGCGAAAAGUACAGAUGCCUUAGAUUCGCCAAGGCAAAGAAAUGAUGCUUGAUGCUCUCUGCUUAGCAGACCAGAAUGGGAAAAAAGUACGAUUUCCACUCCUCACCUCCAAAAGAGAGGGUUAGUCCAGCUAAGAGAUUAACAUGCAAUUUCAUGUCAAGUUGUGGUUUAUUUGUUCAUUAUUCAUUGCUCAAUUUGGAAAGUCAUUGGUUGGUCCAUAUUUUUUCAUCUGUAAAUUUUUGGUAUUACAGUUUCACACUGAUGAGUUGGUACUUUUUGUAGUGAAAAUAUAUGGUUUCAGUUACAUUAA